AUGAACCAUUCGAUGGCGCCGACACCGGACAUGCACAACAUUUACGGUUUUCACCAUCAUCACCAGCAACAACAACAGCACCAGCAACAAUCACCCGAUUUGCUCAGAAGUGGAGGUCACGUCGUGACCACUAAAGCCGAUUCUUCAUCCUCAUCGCCGUCACUCUGUUAUAAUAAGACUUCGACUUUCACCCAAGAUUUCAUGUUGGCCAAUGACUCUUGUCAAACGCAACAGCAACAGGAUGACGACAGUUGCAGUGACGGAGAAGAUUCGAGCCAACCCAGCUGCACUUACCGCUCUGUCCACCACAGUUUCGUGGGGACUUCGAUAAGACAAGGCGCUGACUUGUCGUCGGCCGGUUCGAUGGGUCGGCACAAUAUGGUGGCGGCGGCGGCGGCAGCGGCGGCGGACGGUUACUACGGUGCGGGUAGCGGUAACCACGGUAAUGGGAACGCGGGACAUCAUCAUCACCACCAUCACCAUGGUCACCACCAUCACCAUCACCAUAACGGCAACGGAAACGGUCAUAAUCAUCAUCACCAUCAUCACAACGCCCCGGCGGGAAUGGCGGUGGCGGCGAUUGUGGACGCACAAGGCGCGGGCGGCGUCGGAGGUGGAGGCGGUGGAGGUGGCGGGUACAGGGUGCAGAGGCAAGCGGCCAACAUACGGGAACGUAGACGAAUGUUGAGGUCAGACCUGGCGCCGACUCGGGCAGCGGAUAGGCCCACGCCGGUCAAAAUCAGCAUCAACUCGGCGUUCGACGAGCUCCGCGGACACGUGCCCACGUUCCCGUACGAGAAGCGACUCAGCAAGAUCGACACGCUCCGUCUGGCGAUCGCUUACAUCGCGCUGUUGCGCGAAGUUCUGUCGGCCGACUGCGACCCGCUCACUUACGUCCAGCGAUGUCUGAGCGGCGAGCGGACGCCCGAACGUGCCGAAUGGAACACCAGUGAUCUAACAGCCAGACUUUCGUGGAUCAACUGGGAGAACUUGGGCGUAAAUCCCAACAGGCGAGGCGUCUUGACGUCUUAUUCGAUUCCUGACAACGUAAACAACUAA